AUGGUGGACAUGCCUUGCCCAGAGAGGGUUGGAAAUGUGGCACAGCUUGAUGAUCUGGCCCAGCACUUCACUCAGAGUCUUCUGGCUGCAGCUCAGGCAGUCAGUAAGCCAGCUCAACAAGGGCGGACCACAGCCCCCUGGUGGACAGCAGACUGCCGAAGAGCGCACCGAGAGCUCACUACUCACCAGACAGAGGCCGCGAAGCACCAGUUCAAGGAUGCAGUGCGCAAGGCCAAGCGUGCAUACUGGAGGCAGGUGAUCAAUGAGGCCAGAGAUGGUAGAGACCUGUACCGGGUGGUGGCAUGGCAUAAGCUGGAACCCAACCUCAGAGCACCCCCUCUGGUGAUUGGGGAUCAGGUCAUAGAAGAGACAGCCGCCAAAGCUGAGGCACUUCAACAGGCAAUUCUGAAGCGAUACAACUCAGCUGAUGAUCUGGAGUAUGACCCACUGGAUGAUGAGCACUGGAGCGGCAUGGGGAACCUGCCCUGGAACCCCCGGAUUGAGAUGGAGGAGAUGGAGCGCAACACCAUUGGGGUACAGAGCACCUCCCCAGGCACGGAUGGAAUCACAGUGCGGAUGCUCAAAGCAUGCUGGCAGCAUGUGUCCCUCUUUAUACAGCAGCUAUACAACUGCUGCCUCCGGCUCUGCCACUUCCCACGAGCCUGGAAACUGGCAGAGGUGGCAAUGAUACCCAAGGUGGGCAGUAGAACGGUGGGUGUUGCGGGGCAUAUUGGCAGAUUUGAUGAUAAAGGUGCAGAUUUGAUGAUAAAGCAGGGGUUGCCACGCGAGCUGCUGCAGCUCAUUGACAGUUUCCUCGCUGAACGCAGAGCUCAGGUCCGGCUGGAGGGGACCACCACAGCAGCACAUCAGAUGCAAUGUGGCACGCCACAGGGGUCUCCUUUGUCACCAAUACUGUUCCUUCUGUACCUGGCAGAGCUGCUGUGGCAAAACUCAGAGUUGCGCUUUGGCUAUGCGGAUGAUCUGAACAUCUGGCGGGCGACCCACUCACUUGACAACAAUGCCACCCUUCUCAGACAGGAUAUACAGAGUAUUCUGAGGUGGGGGGAGAUAAACAAGGUGGCCUUCGCACCAGAGAAACUUGAGAUGAUCCAUCUUACAAGAAAGCGACACAAUGAGGCACCAGCAGUAGUUGUGUCUGAGGAUCUCACUGUUCACCCUGUUACUGCCCCAGCUGGACAGGAGCCAGCACUUCGCUGGCUGGGUGUACACUUCGACAGAAGGCUCACCUGGAGACCACAUGUCUCCACCCGGGCAAAGAAGGCAAGGGCCGUGGCCCAGCACAUCCGGAGUCUGGGAAAGACCAGAGACGGGCCCCCAGCAGACGCUCUGCGGAAGGCGGUCACCACCUGCGUGGUUCCCUCACUGCUCUAUGGCACAGAGGCCUGGUACGGCGGCCGCACGCAGCCAGCAAGGCACACGGGCAGGAGUGGGGAGGUUAGCUCCCGCCUGGGAUGGCAUGUGGGGACAGUUGAGAAGGUGCUUACUAUGGCAGCCAGAGGGGUCCUCCCAGUUUUCCGUACAACGCCCAUCGCUACCCUAUACCGGGAUGCUGGGCUCCCAUCAGCAAUGGUAGCUCUGGAGGAGGCCAAAAUGCGAUUCGCGACAAGGCUUCAGGUGGUGGAUGAGAAGCACCCACUGGCUUCACGGAUAGCGCCUCCAAUGAUCACACGAGGAAGAGGGGCUGGAACCCGGCAGCGCUCAAAGACCAAGAUCCAGCGGUUGGGGGCGCUGCUACCUGCAGUCAAUAGACCCACACUUGCCAUCCCACACUACUCAGAGGGAUGCGGGACAGACCCCACAGAGGGUGUAGACAAAAAGAGUGCUGCCCAGGCAUUCAAGGAAUGGUGGAGAAGUCAACCCUCAACAGAUCUAUAUGUUUUCUCAGAUGGAUCAGAACGGAGCCUUGACAACAGCAGGCAGGUGGGCUAUGGCUUCAUAGUCUAUCAGGGAAAUAAACAGCUGGCCAGCUUCUCAGCUGCGCUGAGCCCUAUGUCACAUGUCUUCGACGCUGAGGCAGUUGGUGCCUGCCGGGCAUUAGAGUGCGCUGUGAAGCUCCUACCUUGUGUCACAGAGGACAGCAGCAACCCUCAAAUCUGGCUCUGCCUCGACAACACCUCAGUCAUCUGGGGCAUACGGGGCAGUGCAGCAGCCUCCUCAAACUGGGCCUACAACCGCUGCCAUGAGCUCCUCAGACAGCACAAUGUCGGCCUGAAAUGGGCUCCUGGGCAUAUGGGGAUAGAGGGCAAUGAGGAAGCAGACCGCUUGGCUAAGCGGGCAGUCUCAUCCACUGCAGCCCCAGCCUAUGGUCUCGAGGCCACACCCACAGUCAGUGGGGUCCGCACAGUGGCCAAGCAGCUCAGCCAAGAGGCAAGGCGAAAGUGGUGGAGUGGAGCCUGUGGCAAGCUCUCUGACUGGUACCGGGGCUGGAGUUUCAGCAGGCCGACUGUGGAAUACCAAGUGAAGGCCCCUCCGGAGCUCACCAUGCCACGGCAUGCCCUUCACCGCUGGCUCGCACUCCGCUCCUCUCAUGGGGACUUCUCCUGGUACCACAGGCGUUUCCAGCAUGCAGAUGCGAGGCUCACCUGUGUCUGUGGACACAACAAGAGCCCAGAACAUUUGGUGCUCUGUCGACACUCACAGAGGCAUUUUCUUCACUGGCCCAAGAGGCCAGCAGCACGGCCACACAACCGGGCGACAGCUGUUGCCUAUCUAGGAUCUCUGACCCCUACAGACUUUGUAGAACUGCUGGACUGCACGCAGUUCUACACACGGUACUGCACAAGGUAA